AUGAAGCUUGGCAAAAUGUUUCCUUCAAUUCCAUUGGUGGCUGAAGAAGAUUCUGCAUUCUUGCAUUCAAACAACCUGGUAAGUUCUGUUUUAAAUGCAGUUACAGAUAAAACCAGUUUCAGAGAUAAGCAAUUGACGGAAACAGAUGUGCUGGAAGCAAUUGAUAGAGGGAAGGAUGAAUUUUCAUUUGGAUCUAAGCCUGCUACUUAUUGGGUGCUUGAUCCAAUAGAUGGUACACGGGGGUUUGUCAGAGGUACUGACGUAUUAUAUGUGGUAGGCUUGGCCCUUGUAGUUGAAGGAAAGAUUGUGCUAGGAGUUAUGGGCUGUCCAAACUGGCAUGAAGAUAUGCCUGGAAAAUCUACCACAGCAGCCCUAGAAUCCAUAAAUGUUUUUCCUGGAUCUGGAAUCAUUAUGGUUUCUCAUAUUGGCUGCGGGACAUGGACUAAGCAGUUAUUUGACGUGCUGAGUAGUACCAGAAAAUCUCUUAGUAGUUGGACCAGAUGUUCUGUUGAUGGGUGUUGUCUUGUUCACGAGGCACGCUUUUGUAUUCCAGAUAGUCAAACAUGGGAAUCAUUGCCUUUAUCCACUUCAUUUGAUGCAACUACUAAUCCUGAAAGUAUUAAUGACAAACAAAUUCUUCUUCUCCCUACGUGUUGUGGAAGUUUGUGCAAGUAUUUGACGGUGGCCGCUGGAAGGGCAUCUGUUUUCAUUCUUCGUGCGAGGUCACAGACAAUUAUCAAGGCUUGGGAUCAUGCUGUUGGGAUGAUAUGUGUGCAUGAAGCAGGUGGGAAGGUGACAGACUGGAGUGGGAGUAAGCUCGAUCUUGCAGCUGAUAAGGUUGAGCGGAGAUUCAUUUUUCCUUCAGGUGGUGUUCUUGUGACAAAUAGCCACUUACACAGAGAGCUACUAGAGUUGAUCUCAUCUAAUUCAUCAGUUGCAUAA